UCCAACAGACCCCUCCGUGGGCUGAGGGGGCGGGGAAAUUGUCCAAGGAGCCCCUCGGUGGAGAAGCCAAGACGCUGGGAGGUUGCUGGUGCAGCUGCCUAGGGCGGCGUCACUGAGCCGCGCCAGCGGAGCCAGGUGCAGCCCCGCUCCUCUCGCCUGCCUUCUCUGCGGCUCGCUUCUUCACCAGGCGUCCCUCGAGCCUUUUCCAUGCCCCCGGUGGACGCAGCCCUUCGCACCCUCCACGCCCAUGGCCACUAGCCUGAGGAGGCCGUCUUUUACCGCCUGUUCUUCCUCCCUUCUGGACGCGGACGACGAGGGCGUGCGUGGCCCUUGUGAAGAUGCCUCUCUGUGCAAGCGGUACCUGCGCGGCGCCGGGAGAUUUGCGGUGAGCAUUGGCUACUGGCAGGACCCUUGCAUCCCGCAUUUGGUGAGACUGUCUAAAGCGAGGAAGGCCCCCGAAAUUAACAGAGGAUAUUUUGCUCAUGUCCACAGUGUCAGUCAGCUUAUCAAGGCGUUUCUACGGAAGACAGGGUGCAACUGUCAAAUUCUAAACCUUGGGGCUGGGAUGGAUACCACCUUCUGGAGGUUAAAGGAUAUUUUGCUCAUGUCCACGGCAUCAGUCAGCUUUAUCAAGGUGUUUCUACGGAAGACAGGAUGCAACUGUCAAAUUCUAAACCUUGGGGCUGGGAUGGAUACCACCUUCUGGAGGUUAAAGGAUGAGGAUCUUCUACCAAGUACAUCUUGGAAAGUCGAUGUUGCAGGGAUCACCACGAGGAAGCUGCACAGCAUCAAAACCAUUGUGACCAGACCUACAUGGACAGCUGCAAGAACAAAGAAUUCUGGGAGAGAGGACAAGAUGGCGGAGGAGUAGGGGGACACGCUCGCCCUCUCCCACAAACACAACUAAAAAAGCACAUCUACAGAAUAAAUGACUCGCA